AUGGUUAGAACACGAGGUUUAGGUCGUGCUUUAACUAGGGUUAUAGGGCGAGGUAGACAGGAUGAGCAUGAUGCAGUUGAUGUUCCCCGAAGGCGUAGGCCUACUGCAUCAGCCCGUAGGCAACGGGUACAUAUUGCGGUUGAUGAGGGUGUUCCUCAGGUGACUGAGGAUGUUCUUCAUAUGGCGGAGGAUGUUCCUCAGAUGACUGAAGAUGUCCCUCAUAUGGCUGACGAUUUUCCUCAGAUGAGUGAAGAUGCGCCUCAAAUGAUUGCGGGCAUAGAUGCGACUAUUGCAGAGGACUUAGGUCGUGAUGGUGCUGAGGGAUCACAUGCUGAUGAGGGAUUCCCUGGUGGGCCCCGUGACCCAUCAGUUCUGACUUCAUUUGUGGAGCAUGUCGCACAUGCCAUUUGGACUGGACAUGAGCGUUCUGAGCUGAAGUUGGUGUCGCACGGGAGGAAGGUGACGUUAAUUGGGAGGCCAGUGCCUGAGAUUGAAGGGCUGGUUGCCGCCACAGGAUUAAGUCCAUUGAUCGGGUGUUCAGUUGUAACCGGCGAUCCUGGACUUAUAUCCGCAUUUGUGGAAAGGUGGCAUAGGGAGACCAACACCUUCCACCUUCCAGUAGGAGAGUUGAAGAUCACACUAAAUGAUGUGUCCUCACUCUUCCAUCUCCUUAUCAGUGGCGCCUUCCACAGCUUCGAGGCUCUUUCCGUGGACGAGGCGAUAUUUUUGUUGAUGGAGUUGCUUGAGGUGUCCGGUGAGGAGGCUAGAGCCGAGACAGUACGAGCGCGCGGGGCGUAUGUAUGCCUCUCAUGGGUUCGGGAGAUCUAUGAGAUGAGAUGCCAGACACGACGAUGGAUUGUAGCAGCUCGUGCUUAUCUCCUGCACCUGGUCGGUUGCACUAUUUUUUCUAACAAGAGUGCAAUAUAUGUUCAUGUGGUGCAUCUAGAGGCUUUUCGCGACCUGGGUCAGAGUGGGGACUAUGCCUGGGGAGUUGCAGCCCUGUGUUGGAUCUAUGAGCACUUUCCGAGUGUGCAUCAAUGCAUCACCGAUGAUGCGUACGAGAAAACGUCCCCUCGUGCCUCCCGGUGGCUGACGGUGAAGGCUCAUAUGAAGGGAAUUACAGGAGCAUCGUACCAGGCAAGUUGUGAUGCUUUGACGGUCACAAACGUGUGUUGGUUGCCUUACAGUGACCAUCGUGGGGUUAGGGGGUUUGAGCUGAUUUCAUCGUUCCAGGGUCAGCUGAGAUGGGGUCCUAUGGUGGUCACAAUUCGAUCAGAGAGUGUGCUACGCCAUUUUGGGUACAUUCAGAGCAUCCCUCUGCCGUCUGUUAGCGCUUUGUUGUCAUAUGAUGAUAUAGAUGACAGAUGA